UUGUAUGUUACUUUACUUGUUAAUUUCAUUUUAUCAUGCUGCUUUUUAUGGGUUACAUCAGUAUACAGGCUGCAACAGGAAACGGCACGGCGAAAGGGAAAAUUCAAAGACAUCUUUUCAGGAGAAUUUCGAGGAUGCCGUCCUGGAAAGACAGUUCAGAUGUCGGAGUCGGAAGUGAGGGGGCUCUGCACCAAGUCCCGGGAGAUAUUCCUACAGCAGCCCAUAUUACUGGAAUUAGAAGCACCACUCAAAAUUUGUGGUGAUAUACACGGUCAGUACACAGACCUGCUACGUCUAUUUGAAUAUGGCGGUUUCCCGCCAGAAGCUAACUAUCUAUUUUUGGGCGAUUACGUCGAUCGCGGCAAACAGUCUCUCGAAACCAUAUGCCUCUUGCUCGCAUAUAAAAUAAAGUAUCCAGAGAAUUUCUUUCUGCUUCGAGGCAAUCACGAAUGCGCGAGCAUAAAUCGUAUUUAUGGUUUCUAUGAUGAAUGCAAACGCAGGUAUAACAUAAAGCUGUGGAAGACAUUCACGGAUUGUUUCAAUUGUUUGCCGAUAGCUGCUAUUAUUGAUGAGAAGAUAUUCUGUUGUCAUGGAGGCCUCUCGCCCGAUCUUCAGGGUAUGGAACAGAUCAGAAGGAUAAUGAGACCCACUGAUGUGCCCGAUACAGGUUUGCUCUGUGAUCUUCUAUGGUCUGAUCCCGAUAAGGAUGUACAAGGAUGGGGUGAGAAUGAUCGUGGUGUUUCAUUCACAUUCGGACCAGAUGUAGUCAACAAGUUCCUCAACAGACACGAUCUAGAUUUGAUAUGUAGAGCCCAUCAGGUUGUUGAAGAUGGUUAUGAGUUCUUUGCUAAGCGUCAGCUGGUCACACUAUUCUCAGCCCCAAAUUACUGCGGCGAGUUUGAUAAUGCUGGUGGCAUGAUGUCCGUUGAUGAAACGCUAAUGUGCUCCUUCCAGAUAUUAAAGCCAUCUGAGAAAAAGGCAAAGUAUCAGUACAAUGGUAUCAACAGCGGCAGACCGGCGACGCCUCAGAGAUCGCCACCGAAAAAGAAAUAA